AGUUGUACUUACCACUUGUUGGAUGUCAGAAAUAUAUUUUUUAUGUAAACGUGUUUCACAACAAAUAGAAUAAAUACUGCGUUUUAUACUCUGCUACUCAUUUCUGAGUAAGGCUUGUUACAACACACUAUACUAUUCUAAAAACAAAUUGAGUACAAUUUUUAUUUAGAAAAUUUUAUUUAAAAGAUUAUAAAAAUUGAUUUUUUGUAUAUCAUCAAGUGAUGUGAUAUAAAACCUAUAGAAUUACAUUGAUAUAAUAUAAUAAAAUAGUUAAUUUAAUUAUAAAACAAUUGUACUUCUUUAAUGUUAAUUCCAAUAUAUUAUCACAUUAUACAUUAUCUAUAUCCAAUACAUUUUCUUAGUUUAUUUUGUCUUGUUUGUUGACAAAUCGAUAAGGUACAUAUAAAGGUGACUUCUUAGGCCAGCAACAGAGAAACGUAAAAAAAAUAAUCAUUAUAAAGGACAUCAUUUGAAAGAACAUCGGUUUUCAGUGUUAGAUCAACAACAAGAUGUAGAUAUCCUUCCAUCAGAGUCUCAAGAGGAAGUAAUGAUAACUCAAGAAAAUGUGGUUGAACCACCUUCGAAUGGGUGUUCCGAGACACAUGAGAUAGAAGUGCGUGAAGUAGUUAGGGACGGGCAUGAAAAAGCAGAUCCAUCUCAAUUUGAACUGCUCAAAGUUCUGGGCCAAGGAUCCUUUGGAAAGUGGUUUAAUAUUGCAAUAUUAAUCUCAGUUCGGGACAGAGUUAGGACAAAAAUGGAGAGAAAUAUAUUAGUGGAUGUUGAGCAUCCAUUCAUUGUUCGAUUACAUUAUGCAUUCCAAACAGAAGGAAAUCUCUAUUUAAUUUUGGACUUUCUAAGAGGUGGUGAUCUAUUUUCAAGAUUAGCUAAGGAGGUAAUGUUCACUGAAGAUGAUGUAAAAUUUUAUUUAGCUGAACUUGCUCUUGCAUUGGAUCACAUACAUAAGCUUGGAAUUAUUUAUAGAGAUCUCAAACCAGAAAAUAUUUUGCUUGAUACUGAAGGUCAUAUUUCUUUAACUGAUUUUGGUCUAAGUAAACAGCCUUUAGAUGAUUGUAAAGCAUAUUCAUUUUGUGGUACUAUAGAAUAUAUGGCACCUGAAAUUGUAAAUAGAAAAGGACAUUCAUUUGCUGCAGAUUGGUGGAGUUUUGGUGUUCUUAUGUUUGAAAUGUUAACUGGAGCGCUUCCAUUUCAUGGUGCAAACCGUAAAGAAACAAUGACACAAAUAUUAAAAGCAAAACUCGGAAUGCCACUUAAUAUUUCACCGGAAGCACAGGCGCUUCUCAGAGUGUUGUUUAAGAGAAACCCUGCAAAUAGAUUAGGCUCUGGUGGAAUAGAAGAGAUAAAAAAUCACGUGUUUUUUGCGACAAUCGAUUGGGAUGCACUUUAUAAGAAAGAAAUAAAACCGCCUUUUAAACCAGCUGUUAGUCAAGAUGAUGAUGCAUUUUAUUUUGAUAGUGAAUUUACAUGUAAGACGCCUAAAGGUAAUUCUCCUGGGGUACCACCAAGUGCUAAUGCUCACGAAUUGUUCCGUGGAUUUAGCUUUGUUGCACCAUGCCUUCUUGAGGAUCAUUUAAAAACUCCUGAAUAUAAAAACUGUGAUAGUCUUAGUGCAACUUUCCCGACUUACGUGAGCCCCAUUUCCAUAACUGACGAAUACGAAUUUAAACAAGAGAUUGGUAAAGGAAGUUACAGCACUGUUUAUUUAGCUGUUCAUAAAGCUUCCAAGGCAGAGUAUGCUGUGAAAAUAAUUGAAAAAUCAAAAAGAGAUCCGACAGAAGAAAUAGAAAUUUUAUUGAGAUAUGGAAGACAUCCUCAUAUUGUAACUUUAAAAGCUGUUCACGAGGAUGAUAAACGAGCUUAUCUCGUACUAGAAUUAUUACGCGGUGGAGAAUUACUUGAUCGAUUACUACAGAGGCGUAAUCUUACGGAAAAAGAAGCAGCCGAAGUAAUGUACACAAUAGCUAGUGUAGUCAAUUAUCUUCAUGAAAAUGGAGUCGUUCAUAGAGAUUUAAAGCCAUCUAAUAUAUUGUAUUCAAAGUUGGGGGCUGAUCCAUCGACACUUUGUUUAUGCGAUCUUGGUUUCGCGAAACAGUUACGAGCAGAAAAUGGUUUGUUAAUGACUCCUUGUUAUACUGCGAAUUUCGUAGCGCCAGAAGUGUUGAAACGUCAGGGAUAUGAUGCAGCAUGUGAUAUUUGGUCACUUGGUGUUUUGUUAUACAUUAUGUUAGCUGGAUAUACUCCAUUUCGUAAUAGUCCUGGUGAUAGUGCAACAGACAUACUAGAUCGUAUCGGACCUGGUUAUAUUGACGUUGAAAGCGGUAUAUGGUGUCAAAUUUCAAAUGAGGCUAAAGAACUCGUUAAAAGAAUGUUACAUGUUGAUCCUAAUCGGAGGCCUACUGCAGCUGCCAUAUUAAAAUAUCCGUGGAUUGCCAAUCGUCAUCGUCUUCCACAGAAAGUGUUACCUGACAGUACUAGGGAUCCUUACAGCCUAAAGAGAGCAGUAGCAGCCACAUAUAGAGCGAUGUCUAGCAGCCCAAGAUCACCUCAUAUUGGUCCUGUUGUCAUGUCUGAAUUGGCACGACGAAGAACACAAGCCAAACCUACUGGUCCUACUGAAGUUUAAAAUGAUCUUAUUUCUAUCUUGAAGAAAAAGAUAUGAAGAAUUACGACUUACGCAUGUGAUUGCGUAUAUGACAAGACUAUAUUUUGUUGAUAUAAAUCUAGUAUUAUUUGUGCAAUGUUCAAAUGUAGCUAGUAAUGUACUAGCUACAUAUAAAAAUUAUAAUUUUAUAAGAGUUGAUAUAACUUGCAUCACUGAAAUCAUCCUUAUUCUGAUUAAAAUAUGUGUAUGUGUAUAGAAUAGGAAAUGUGUAUUUAAAUUCAUAUUUUCGAUUUAAAUAUGAUAUAAAAAUGGAUUGUCAGAGAAACUUUAAAUCUUAUAAUCUAUAUUAUACAUAAUUACCAUUUAAAUAUUAAGAAUAAUAUAAAUAUUUAUGAAAAAAAUCUAUAUAUAUAUUUAAUAAAAUGUAAAAAUGAGGUAUA